AUGCCUUCUGUUCAAAAUUCAAGGGCUCAGUCGCAUCUUGACAGCUAUUUCAAUCCCCGUGUCUCUCCCAAACACGCGGUCGCUUUUCGCAAGGACUUUGGAGGACAUUCCUAUCCGCUCAUAUCCAGUCCGCCAACAUCAACGUCAUGGCCGACCAAAGCGACCAUCAAGGGCAUGGAGCUCAUGGGCGGCGGGCACGGCACCGUCAGUACAGUAAAGUGGUUAGGAAGGACCAUUGCUGGCCUAGACGCCAUGGCUGCAGCUAAGGUGGAAGCGGGUAGCACUCGAGGCAAGAUGGUCAAGAUCUCUGGGAACACCAUCUUGCUAAAAGCCAGCCAACCCACCGACGGCGGCAAGGUGACGUUCAAGGUUCUCGACACCCAGGCCAAGGGAAUGAAGAGCCAGAAGACAUGGUCGAAGAAGCGCGGAAGAGAGGCCUCGUGUGAUGCAGUCGUGCUGGUUGAUGGCGGUGGAGCAGUAGACGUGCUUCUGGAGAUGGUUGCGCGCAUCCAGCGCGUGUGUAGUAUUUGGGAAGGCAGAGAGAUGCAGAAACGCUUUGGGGAUCAAUGGAGGUUACCGGUCUUACGAUGA